AUGAGGUCCCCAAGGUCCCCACCCAGUGGCCAUGGUGGCCACAAGGAUCCUGUGGCCAUGAGUUCCCCAAGGUCCCCACCCAAUGGCCAUGAGGUCCCCAAGGUCCCCACCCAACGGCCAUGGUGGCCACAAGGUCCCCACCCAACGGCCAUGGUGGCCCCAAGGUCCCCACCUUCUGCCCAUGGGGUCCCUGGGGUGGCCUGGAUUGGUGGCACGUGGCUAUGGGGUCUUCAAGGUCCCCAUCCUGUGGCCAUGGUGGCCUCGAGGUCCCCAUGUCAUGGCCAUAGUGGCCCCAAGGUCCACAUCUCCCACCCCCUGGGAUCAGGGUGUCCCCAAGGUCCCCAUCUCAUGGCCAAUGCCACCUCAUGUCUCUGGUGUCCCCAAGGUCCACGUCUCUCACACAUGGCGACCAGGGUGUCCCCAAGAUCCAUGUCACCCUCCCACCAUGACCAAGGUGUCCCCAAGGUCCCCAUCUCAUGGCCAAUGCCACCUCAUGGUCUCUGCUGUCCCCAAGGUCCACGUGUCUCACACAUUGCGACCAGGGUGUCCCCAAGGUCCAUGUCAUCCUCCUGGUGUCACCAGAAAAUCCUGAAGGUCCCCAAGGUCCCCAUCUCAUGGCCAAUGCCACCUCAUGGUCUCUGCUGUCCCCAAGGACCACGUGUCUCACACAUUGCGACCAGGGUGUCCCCAAGGUCCCCAUCUCAUGGCCAAUGCCACCUCAUGGUCUCUGCUGUCCCCAAGGACCACGUGUCUCACACAUUGCGACCAGGGUGUCCCCAAGGUCCCCAUCUCAUGGCCAAUGCCACCUCAUGGUCUCUGCUGUCCCCAAGGACCACGUGUCUCACACAUUGCGACCAGGGUGUCCCCAAGGUCCCCAUCUCAUGGCCAAUGCCACCUCAUGGUCUCUGCUGUCCCCAAGGACCACGUGUCUCACACAUUGCGACCAGGGUGUCCCCAAGGUCCAUGUCAUCCACCCACAUGGAUCAGGGUGUCCCCAAGGUCCACAUCACCCUCCCAAUGUCUCCAGAGCAUUCUGAGGGUCCCCAAG